AUAUAUAUCUAACCCGAGAAUCGAGUUAUUGGUGGAGGAAUUUUCUAGCCCAAAUGCAAAAGGAUACAUAUAAUGGCGACCGUGUUCGUUUGGAUCUUUCUAUGGCUACUGCUCAGUUUCGAACUCAGUGACGAAACUUCAUUUUAUCAUGAAGCCAUGACGACGACGGAUGCCUCCAACUUCAGCCUAGCGAUUGGUUCAAAGUCCAACAACGCCGUCGAAACAGCCGCCUUCGCAAUCAGCCUCAUGAUAGCCGGUCUGGGUCUACUUGGCAACGGUCUGAUAAUUGUACUCUUCUGUCUAAACUGGAAUCUAACUCGCACCCUGACGAGCCUUUACAUCUUCCACCAGUCUAUCAUCGACUUCGUCAGCUCGAUGAUGUUUGCCGCCCUGCAGCUCGAUACGUGGCGCCCUCUCCUCUCAGUCGGUGGUUGGGUAGAGGACCUCUCAUGCAAGGUGUGGUACUCCAAGGCGUUGUUCUGGUCUUUGCUCCACAUCUCUACCAUCAACCUCGUACUCGUGACCAUAGAGCGUUACAUCUCGGUGCUCCAUCCCAUCUUCCGACUUAACCACUUCACCAGACGCAAGGCAAAGCUGACCAUGCUCUUGGCGUGGCUGAUCGGUUUGACCUAUCAAUCCUACUGGAUGGUCAUCUCAAAGGGUGACCAGGGUCAGUGCUACCAGGAGUUCCCCAGUGAUGCCCUGCAGAAUGUCUUCGGUGGCCUGACGCUACUUGUGGAAUACCUCAUCCCACUCUCAAUCAUGUCUUUCGCUUACGUCCGCAUCAUAGCUCGACUCAAGAAACUUGCCAAAUAUGGCGAGCGAAGGCGCCGAUAUUCUACCACGACGAUGACUCCCAGUAAAAGACGAGGUAAUAAGAGUUCACCUUACAAACUCCGGGUGCGAUGCCGCAGCGGCCCCACACAACUGAUGCUGGUCAAGGCCCGGCGCAACGUCACCAAGACCCUCUGCCUAGUCUUCGCCACGUACGUAAUCUGUUGGACGCCAGUAGAGAUCGAGUACAUCAUAUACAGCGUUGGGAUCGCCUACCACCACCAGAACAUCGGGCAGAGCGUGACCACAUCCAUACUGAUGGGCAACAUGUGUGUAAACCCGUUCAUAUACGCAGCAAAGUACCGCCAGAUUCAAAUGGCUGCCAAGCGCACGUGGAAUAAGUUGCUCUGUCGGCAUACGUCCAAUGUGCCGUUUCCGCCCUCACCGUCUAUCUAA